GCCUCGCACUCUCACCUUGACCUUCUGAGCUGGCUGGCCAGCUCCAUAAAGGGCCGGUCCCCGGGGGAGGACGGAGAAGCUCUGAAGGCAGAGUGCUCCUUGACCUCAGCCCAGACACCCACCCGCCGGACGCCAUAAGCAUGAAGAGCCUGAUCACCCUGGUGGUCCUGCUCAUGGCCCUGAGAUUGACCCAUGAACAAUGUUUCAUGGAGAAACAUGAACUGAAGAUUGGAACCGAUGGAGAAUUCUCCGGGUGGGUGGAGUGCCGAGACCCCAGAGACGGGAAGAAGCAUCAAGUGGGCACCACCUGGAACUCCAAGAACUGUCUGCGGUGCAGCUGUGGCUUCCGUGGCAUGGAGUGCUGCUCUCGAUUCGGGGGCAUAGGGGUAGCUCCGCCAAACUGUGAAGUCUAUAAAGAUGAAGUGAACUGCAACUACAAGGUCCACAAGAAGGGGGACCCGACUACCCCCUGUUAGAGCUCUGCCCCUCACCCCCGUCCCCGACUACCCCUGUUAGAGCUCUGCCCCCAACCCCUAAACUACCCCGUGCUAGAAUUUUGUCCCCGCAGCCCCAAUGGGCCCUGUUAAAACCCUACCCCUCCUGCCUGACUAUUCCUAUUAAAAUUCUGCCCCCAACUACUCGAUUCUAGAGCUCUGCCCCACCAAUCUGUGUAUCCAGACAGUUAAUUAAACUUCUCACGUGGGUUCAUGGCCA